UAUUUGUUGUAUUGCUCACGCUGUUGACGAGGCUCCAAAUGACUCUUACAGUAAUCGUCUUAAAUGCGUUUGUGUUGCGUGUACGUUAACGAGUCAUAAUCGCAGAAGUUUAUUCUUCGGUGUAAAAUUUUUAAUUUUAUUAUUUUAAUCAUUAUUUUUCUUGAAAACUUAUAAAGCUAACAGUUAUCAAUGUGAGUCUUUCUUAAGAAUCUAUUUCGAUUUAUUACUUUGGUGAUUAGUGUGGUUCUUUUUCUAGUUGAUAACUUAACGAAAGAUUUACAAGCAUUGCAAGAUCCGUAUUACCAGGCCUACUGGUGAACCAUGGGAAAGUUGUUAAGUUUAUUGUCGCGAGACGAGAACAGUUGCUGUUCUGCUCAACAAAAAUACGAUAUAUUUUUAGAUUUUGAAAAUGCCCAGCCCACAGAGAGCGAAAUGCAAUUAUUCGACGAAGUACAAAUUGUGCUUACAGAAGCUUCUGACAUUUUAUCUGAGCUAAAACAAUACUCAGGUGCUGAUCAGUACAUUAGGGACGCAAUAAAUAAUCCUAGUGCCGAGCAAAAUGCUUUGACAUGGGAAGCGUUAAUGCCUCGCAUUAGGACCUUAAGGAGGUUUUAUUUUUUUUCUCAAAAAAUAGCUUUUGUUGUUCCACAAAUAUUGACUGAAAUAUGUUCAGACGACAUAACUCCUACACUACACCUAGAAAGCCAACAAGCUCUAGUCAAACAGUUUUCCGAGAUCAUUGAGUUUGUAUUAAAGUUCGACGAAUACAAAAUGCGAACCCCGGCCAUUCAAAAUGAUUUUAGCUAUUAUAGACGAGUUUUGAUGCGAGAGGGAGGAGCAGCUCUCCAUUCUUUUGCAGAUCAGGAUGAAGAUUCCAAUAGUAAUUUAAACGUAGCUAACAAAGUAUCAUUAUUCUACGCAGAAGCAACGCCUAUGCUUAGGACUCUUUCUACUGUUACUUCACAAUUCCUUAAUAAAGACAAACGACUCGUGGAUUAUGCAAUCGAUAUGCUCAGUACGAUGGUGAAAGUUUGCAUACGCAUGUUAGAAACACCGACUGUGCAGUUUAGGAAACAAGAAACACAUCUGUUCAUGUUACGAGUACUGGUUGGAUUAAUAAUAUUGUAUGAUCACAUUCAUCCAAACGGUGCCUUCGUCAAGGCUUCUAACAUCGAUGUAAAAGGUUGUGUUCGACUUUUGAAGGACCAACCAGAAGAAUUCCAAACGGAAAACCUGUUGAAUGCAUUGAGGUAUACUACGGCCCAUUUGAACGACCCUUCUACUUCAAAAACUCUAAAAGCUCUUCUAAUGGAAGCUUAAACAUCGAUGAUACUCAAUAGUCGAGUUUUUUUUUUUUUGAUAUUUUUUUAUGUUAAAUAUUUUAAGUAUUUCAGUGUCUAGUUUAUAGAAUUAUUUAUAACCAUAAAUGUUAAUUAUUUAUACUUUUUUAUAUACAUAAAAAUGUAAAUAAAACAAGAAUUUUUUAUA